AUGCAGCUUCUUCAGGAUAUUACCCCAUCCGCCGUCACUAGUGAUGAAUUCCCUAUCUUAGCCGAGCCACCGCUCAAGACCGACCAAGAGAUUAACGGCUUCGAGUCCUUGGGGGUUAUGGUAGCCGAAGCCCCAUAUCGGGUUCCCGGAAAGCUACACCUAUCUCAGAUCGAGUCCCUGCUAUCGGCUAGAGCAUCGGCAGCGGAGGAUCACUUGUGGGCUCUCCGUGAGGAUCCCGAAUACUUCUGCCAUGUUGUUCUCGAGGCAAAGGAUCAUCGACAGGAAAACCUCGAGGAUACUGCUGGAAAGGCCCACCCGGUAUUCCGAAUUGGACAGCAGGACACUUUUUGGACACGUAUCCUCGGUAGUGUCAUUUCAGAAGCGUAUCUAGAGCAAGAGGUGUUCUCCGAACUGAGCACUCAAGCCAAGGAGCUAGUCGCAUUACAAACAAAGUACGCCAGUCAGAUCGUGCCUUCGAAAGACCUCCCCAAGGAAUAUGAGGAUGCAUUGCUUCGAUUUCGAUUCUAUGUGAAUCAGAUGGCGAAAGGACCACUGGGUGUCCUCAAAAUGAAAGCGCCGGCAUCUCCUCCACUACAGAAAUUCUUUGCUCGUGAACCUCCUGUCAACCCAUACUCGUCCAAGAUUCGGACUAUGUACAAACCAGGCGUCAAGAAAAACAAGCUCGACACAGUUACUGUGGCUGCUUAG